UGCCAGCGCAUGCGUAGUGUAGUGAGUCACCAAAGGCACAUGACAUACUACAUUAAAAAACAACAAAAAAAAAACAAUUAAGAGGCUUGUCUUGCAGGAUCAGUAUAACAUGAUAGCUCAGACCAUUUAGUCUUUUCUAGCCUCAGUCAAACGGGGAGUGGGUAAUGACAGAUCGAGGGUAAAAUCAUUUCGUACACAGAGCUCCGUGUUUUCUCGUCAUCACCGCGAGACAACAAACUGUAGCUCUCUAACUGUGGAGGAAACAACACUUCACUUUAUUUUUAGUGAUGGAAACGUGCGUCAAUGCAGGAUCAGCAGCAAUGUGCGGAAAAUACUCUUCUAAUGACAUAAUAUCAGCAUUAAUACAGGGUGUACUCUGAAGAGGAUAACUUAACAGUCAAAUCAAGAUGGGAAGUUAUGAUGAAGACCUUUUUGACAAUCCGUUUUUUGUGGCAGUCCACAAACAAUACACAGAACUCUUCAAUCAGGCAAUUGCAAAAAAGGCUUUAGUAAGAGAUCUCUCUGUGCUUUGUGUUCCAAAAUUCUCUGUUUGUGCUCACAAGAGCAUCACCAAAGAAGAUGCUGAAGAUCACAUUUUACUUCCUGAUGAGUCAGUGGUGGAGGAUGAGAAUAAUUCCCAGACAAAAACCAAGACAUUGUCUGGAAAGACCGUGCUGAUUUCGGAUGGCAAAGUACAUACAUCCUCAGGUUUCGACCAUCCUCAGUCUGUUCAAGUGCUGUUUGAGGAAACAUUUCACAGUGAAAAUGACAACAGCUAUAGAGUACUGUGCAUUGGUCACUUUCUGAACUCAUCUUCUGAUUCUGUUCAGCUAGAAAAUGCUUACAGUCAUCAGAAACCUUCAUCAUAUGAACAGUGCUUGGAUCUUUUAUGGAAUCAUUCAGGAGGGCAGAGAACAAGGGACAACCUGGACAAGCUGAUGAAUGCUUUUGCAGAUGUCUACGAUACCCUUGAAGUAGAAAACCUUCGUAGUGUGAUGGAUAUGGCAAGUGCUCAUUUUACAAAAGCCAUGCAGCAUCUUUUGAAAGAUUCCUUUGUGAGGCAAUCAGCAAAGCACAGUUCUGCAUAUAUGGACAGUCUAAAAGUGGCUGUUGAGACAUACAUGAUGAAUGCUGUGCAUGUUCGGCUGUUUUGCGUGAUUACUGCAGCUGUGGCAGCUGAAGAUGCUGAAAUCAACAAGAUGACUCGCAACCUGGCUUCUCUGCAGCUGCAGGAUAUGGGCAUUCGCAAAAUUUUCAGUCGGAACAUUCCUGCUGCAAAAAAGGAACUUGCAACUCUCAACAGAUUUAGCACACCUCUUGGGCGACUUUUCUGCAUGAAGCGGGUUGUGACUGCACUGACCCGACCUCUCAAGCAUUGUGGCAAAACAGACCACAGCACCACUAUGAUGACCACUGAUGAUUUUCUGCCCAUACUAAUCUUCCUCAUCAUCAAGUCAGAAAUUCCUAACUGGACAGCUAAUCUAGUAUACAUGCGACAUUUCCAUUUUGCCAAAUGCACAGAUGACGAUGAGUUUGGAUUUUACCUUGCAUCAGUUGAGGCAGCUUUGGAGCAUAUUAAGAGUGGAUACAUCUCGGAGGACAUGAAGAUUAAUAAACCCAUAAGAGAAAGGUGGAGUUUCUUGGAACUGACACCCUCUUCUUCUGAUUCUUCAAAUGACAGCCCUGUUUUCCAAAGGCAGCCUAGUUCUUCCAUCAUUGAUGAAUUCUUUAAGUGUGUGCAAGAUGGAGACGAGGAGGCUGUCAAGGGAUUGCUGCAGCGACCGCAACGUACCAGUGAGGAGCUCACCAUCAAACUUUGCCAUCCCUUGUGUUCCUGUGACAAGUGUGAAAAACUACUGGCUUCCAGCCGCAGCAACUCUAACCUUGUCACUGCCUACACUCGGGAUAACCGUGGAUACACUGCUUUGCACAUGGCAGCCUACCAUGGCCAAGGCAAGUUGAUUGACCUUUUGAUACAAAGUGGUGCUGUGGUGGAUGCCACUGACUAUCUGGGUUUGACACCUCUGCACCUUGCCUGCCAACGAGGCUUCCAAAAUGUCAUGUUAUUGUUACUUCACUUUGGGGCUGAUCCUAUGAUCAAGGACAACGAGGGCAACACAGCUCUGCACCAUUGCUGUCUGAAUGGGCAUGAGGAUUGUGUCAAGGGGCUUGUAUUUUAUGACACUUCUUCAAGCAAGCUACAGGUGAAUGGUACAAAUGAUAUUGGCGAUACUGCACUACACAUGGCAGCCAAGUGGGGAUAUGAGAAUAUUGUAAAGAUUCUCCUGGAAAAUGGAGCUGAUGCAACCAUGAAAAAUCGCAAACACCAGUCUCCCAUUCACAUGGCGCAGAAUAUGAGAGUGCAGCGUAUCCUACAGAAUGCAGCAGAAGAGUUUGAACUCCAGCCUUUUUCUGCUUUUAAUCGAUCGCUACCAUCAGCCACCAGCUUGCUUGGAAAGGUAACUCGAGCGUCCAGCUUUUCAAGUGGGGGUCGUGGCAGAUCUGGAUCAUCUGUUACCAACAGUGAUGAGGAUUUUUUAGCCAGUCGUAUAGAAACUGCUUCACUGGAUGAAGCCCAAGACAAACAGUUAAAACGAAGAAAAGACAAACUCUUUAAAGCCAUCUUAGAUGGGGAUAUACAGCUGGUGAAAUUUUAUAUUGGUGUGGAUGAAAAAUCAGAUGAUGAAGAGCCAUCAAAAUCUAACUGCUGGGAAAAUAUGUGUCAUCCUUUGUGUCAGUGUGACAGAUGUGCCUCCAUACAAAAGGCACGAGUCAAGGCCCAUCAGUCACUCAGCGUCAAUGUCCAGACCACCUCAGGCUACACUCCCCUGCACAUGGCAGUCCUCCAUCAUCAUAAUGAUUUGGUUGACCUCUUUCUACAACAUGGGACCAGCGUUAACACCCAGAACCAUAAGAAACUCACUGCUUUGCACAUUGCAGCCUGCCUCAGGAAUCUUCCUGUGGUAGUCAAGCUUUUGGAGAGAGGGGCCAAGAUCAACAUCAAAGAUAUCAAUGGUGACACACCACUGCAUAUUAGCUGUGCUAAUGGCUUUGUGGAGGGUGUCCAGGCCUUAAUUAUGAAAGGUGUGGAUGUUAACAUAAUCAACAACAAUGGGAACACUCCUCUUCAUGAAGCAGCUGAUCACCUGCAGACAGGCAUCAUAAGAGUACUGCUGGAAGCUGGGGCAGACCCCACCAUCCGCAACAAGCUCACUCAGACAGCCUUGAACUUGGCCAAGGACCCACAGUCUGAGAAAGUACUCCAAGCAGCCAUUGCAGAUUGGCAACAAAAACUUCCUGAUCAGCAACUACGGAAGAACUCUGGCAGAGCUGCACCGAGUAAUCAGGUAAGGAUUCAGGAGCUGUUUGCAGCUUUUGAGGAUGAAGACCUCAAAACUCUGCAGUCUUUGACCGCUUCCAUCCGCAGUUUUCAUCAGAAAGGAAGCCUGCGACAAGCAGUCACUCACGAUAAAAGCCGCAUGUUUCUUACCUCCAUAGCUCGCUCACACUCCAUCAGAAAAUUUGAUCUGUCAACCUUGCGUAAAGUUCAUUCAGAAGACAAAAGUGGUCCACUGCACAUGUAUUCUCUUGCCACUGAAGGAAAAAGAACUCAGCAAGGGGCAGCAACUUCAGCUGGCACUGAGACCUUGGUCAGGGCUGAUUCAGUUGCAGAGGGGGAUGGGGCAUCUGAAGAAGAUGCGAAAUCACUAAUGCUUUCGACAAAAGAAGGAUGGGUCUCCUAUUUUAAUGGAUCUGUUGAUUUGGAAAUCCCUGAGUUAAGCUCAUUACCUCAAAUGCUGGAUGACUUAACUAAGACUGGUGUGUCUGUGGAGGUGCAGGUAAAAAGCAAUUUGUUCCUUGAAGACUUGGAUCUCUGUUCCAAGUCAGAGAGUGUUGAUGGGUCAAAAGAUGGAAAGAUCUGCACAGGAUUCUUCUUGUAGCAAAACUUUUUCUUCUGAAUGCCCUGGCAUCUUGCCCAUGUCUGAGGGUUCAUCUGAAAGCUCAGGCAUCUUGCCCGUGUUAGAGAGUUCAGACCCACCAUCUGAAAACCCCACGAUCUUACCCAUAUUUGAGAAUUCAGAUAGUUCACCUGAGAACCUCAGCACAGAGACCAUGUUGGAGAGUUCAGAGGGUUCAUCUCUGAGGACUUGCAGACUCACUUGUGACCCAUCCCCUGACUUUGCUGAUGAGACAGAUGAGAAGGCCAGCUCUAUUACUUUAUCUGUGCAGCACAGUCCUUGUGGUUCACUUCCCCAAAAUGCUAUAUUAGACGAUUUUUCAGUAGUCCAGUCCUGUGAAGGGCAAUAUACACAGAAGUCAGAAAACUUAGAGAAGAAUGAGGAAACAGCAAAUGGUCUUACUCCUGAGGACAAAGCACAUCAUUUGCUGCAACUUUCAUUGCCGCUGUUGAUGCCUUUAGAGACUGUGCCAGAAACAAAGCAGAACUGUCAAUCAGAGCAUCAGGCAGCUAAAGCUGUGGAGCAUGGAUUCGUCCCAACAUUUUCAACAUGCACAUCCACAGUGUCUAGCUUGCUAUCACCAGUGGAAGUGGCCCGCCAUAAAGAGACAUUGCCUUGUGAACAAGCAGCUGUUUCAAAGGACAGUGCAGAACAACAGCUCAGAGACAGCGUUAUGCAUGACUUGGCAUUGUGCAAACAUGAUGGAAAGAUAUCACAGCAAGAGUACGAACAGCAGACAGCAGUUGUUACAUCCCCUUGCAGUGAUGUGUUGCUGUUGUCUUCCUUGGAAGACAGUUUGCAUGACUCUGCUGUGGGCAAUGAUGUCAGCAGCAUGUUGGACUUGGAAUGGGAACGAUCUGAAAGCACUUCUGCCAGCAGGGCUGAUGAGGGUUUUAUGGAGGAAAAUUCUGCCCAUGAUGAUCCUGAGAGCAUAAGCCUCAGCACUUCAAGCAGCGUCAGUGAUUUGUUUGAAGCAGAGAAGAACUAGUGUCUUGCAAUCGGCUGUCUACAGUGUUUUAAGUUUAGUCAAAGGUUAACACAGACCAAUCAUCCUACAAACAGCAUUUUCUUUUUCAUUUUUGUUUUGAUUAUUACAUAUGCUUGAAAGCAUGUCAGAUUGUUUGUUUCUGUUCAUUUGGUAGUAAUAACUUGCUCACCUCAGCUUUGGACAAAUUUGUCCUGGAAUGCUAGAGGCAUAUAUAGACUCAACAGCCAGUUAGGUGACAAGACAGCUUCCUCGCUUGCUCUCUCUCUCUCAACAAUGAUGUUACCAUUCCUGUUUCCAACUCUGCCAAGAACAUUGGUGUCAUUUUGCAGUGUGUUUAAAACACUGCUGCUUCAUUUUCUCUUAGAAUAAAACCUAUUACAUCACUCUCCUCUUUCUUACACUCCAUUGGCUGCCAGUUGCUAAACUUGCUUCCUGAUUGUGAUGCCCUUCGCUUUCAUGUGGCAUUACCUACUGCCCCUUUUACCGUGUAAAACAUAUUGAGUGUGGCUUUGUGGGGAAAUGCGCUAAAUAAAUCCUAUUAUUAAACACAUUUCAUACAAAGUCACUGUCCUGUUACAAGUGUCUCAAUGUCUUCCCCGCCUCCCUUUCUAACUACACACUGCCUUGUUCUCCACUCCUUUUUCGAUCCCCUCGGGCUUUGCAUUCCUAGAAUCAGUCUGCAUACAUUUGGUCUACAUUCCUUUUCUGUACCUGGUCUGCUGACCUAGAACAAACUGCGCUCCAUACUUACAGAAACCCUCUUUCAUCUUUUGAAAUGUCUCUGAAAUCUUAUCUUUCUCUUACCAUGACCAUGACUUUGUGUCUGUCUGUGUGCCAUGGACUGCUGUAACGAGAGUGGGAGUUUUAACAAUACUUUAUUAUAAUACAUCCUGGAAAAACUAGGAUUUGUAAGAGAAAUAAGAGCAGGAGUGUUUGUAUGAGCAAGAGAAUGAAGCCAUAUUUGUCUCUCGAGCAAUACCUUGGAGAUGACUGCUAGAUAUAAUUGCACCCAUCACCUUUGUACCGCCCCACUCUGGUAUUGAAUAAUCUUGAGGAUGUCUCUUGGUAUGCAUAGUUCCAUGAUACAGUUGGAUGAGCCACUUACAAGACAAAUAGUGCAUGACCUGCAUUGGAGAGACUUAGGGCUUUUAAUACCUGUUAUGGGUGAAAGAAGAAUUUUUGUGGUGAAAACAUAUUUCUGGCACUGUUCUUAUGAGUACACCAUUUUAUUAUAUAUUUUUUUGUGGGGGUAGUAAAUUCUUUUUCAUGAAUUUGUCCCGCAUAUUUAUUCUUUGAUGUCAUCUAUUUUUUCCAUUUCUUUUUGAUGUUUGUAAAACUGUUGGCAGUGUGUACAAAACCAGCAUGCGUGAUUAAUUAUUAUGUUACUAGGCAUCUUAAAUAUAAAAUAUAUUCUACAGUGCUAAAAGCAAGCUAGUUAUGGAAAUAAUUCCUGUGAUAUUUCUGUUUAAAUAAGAAGGGUAUUGGUGUAGGAUAUUUUAGGUAAUGAAUGCAACUUUUUUCACAUUUUGCUGUUUUGUUGUUUUAAGAGCAAAACAAUUUUUGGAUGACAGUGUAUCAGUUACCUGAGAUUGCAACUUACUUUCAUUCAUUGUGUGCUGAUCACUUUCCUUGUGGGAAAUUUUGAAAGAAUGUACUAUUUAUUCUGUUCAGUGUAAGAUAUAGAAGUUAACUAGUCAUUUGUUUCAUAUAAAUGUUGACAUAAAAGCACCAUUUUAUUACCCCUUGUUUUGAUAUAUAUCUGAGGGGAUAUUGCCCAUUGUAAGUUUUAGCUGACAAAAUAUAAUACAAAUGCUUAAUGAUAAAGUUGGAAUGAGAGUGUGUGUGUGAAAUAGAGAAUGUGACAUGCAUAUAUGUGUGUGUGAGCCAGCAAAAGAAAGAUUUUCAAGGUAUAGUCGGUUCAUCCUAUUUAUGGUUUGAGCUCCUGGUUGCAUGUCUGUGCGAAAGCUCUCAGCAGUAGGUGUGAUUGCAUUGUCUGCUCAUUGAGACACUUCGGUUUCUCUAAGUAUGUUUAAAAAAAUGUCAUAUAUUUUAAUGGCGUUAAGGUUUUCUGGAAAGUGACCCGUGCAGAUUUUCCAAUGGAAUCUUUUUGCAUGUCUAGCCAAUGCAGUCCCUAACGGAUGACAACGCUAAAGUGAUAUAGCCCCACUUUCACCAUGUUUGAGGAAUGGCCUGGUGGCCCAACGGUUAGUGCCUGUUACCAAUACACUGAAGGUUGGCUGCCCUGGGUUCAGGGCCCAUCUUUGACAUGCUGUUCUUUCUCUGCUAAGUGUCAUCUGUUUAUAGGGCUGGCCUCUAUGAUAUAGCUUUAGUUGCUGGCUCAGAAUAAAGCACCAAUUCCAUCAUCCAUUCAAGCAAAAGGUGCACUAAACUGUUGUGCAUCAAGAUGGUGUAAUUUGUGAUAGAUAUUGUCAAAAUAUAUUUCUAUAAUCUGUUAAAAAAAGGCAAACCAUUUGGUAUGGUUUGCCAUUAUUACUGUUUGACUAACAGGGGGUCCUUGCUGACUAUCAAUGUCCCUGCUUUUUUUUUUUUUUUUUUUGAAGAAAAAUAGAAUUUAUUUAAUUCAUGGCAAUAUGCCCAUGUAUUUUUUUUUUUUAGAACUGGUCUUAGUGUACAUUUCCACGAAAUAAAAUGACAUAUCGGUAUGUAUGUGCAGUAGACAAUGAGCUUCAAUUUGUUGACAGCAAUUACAGAUGUGCAGAUUUUGUGCACAGUUUUUUAACAUUUCCUCAGAUAUUGUCAUUCAACUGGUUUGAUAAGUCAUUCUUUACCUUAUCUUUUAGUUUUCAAAGAAAGGCACACUUUACUAUUGCAUGACAAUAUUUAUUUUGUACAUACGUUGAUGUUCUUUUUUUAGAAAAAUGAUUUUUUUAUGCAUACUUAAGAUUUGUCAUACCAUGUUACAAACGAGGCAAUGAAUUAAGUGUAUUUUGACCAGAUGCACAUGUAUAAAGUUCUUAAAAUCUGUGACAAAAGGGAGGGUUGGAGGAAGUGAAAAAAGUAAAGAAACCCUUGCGAACAUCAUUUACAGUGUAUUCAUAUAUUGCAGGCAGUAGAAGAAUUAAUAAAAGACACUUCACAAACAUG